CGCAACUAGUCCGUCAGCUCGAAUCGUCUGUCAGAGGAGUCCUGUAGCUAUCACUCCCGACUUCAAGGUGUUCUUUAACGGCUGUUUGUUUAGUCACUCCGGCAGUUUAGAGAACUGUGUCGUUGUUCAGAGACGUCGUAGAAAGAAAGUCGGAGAUCAUAACAACAAUUUACAAAGGGGACACGUGCACUACACGGAUCAGUCUUUGUUGAUUAGCUUCGGGGAGCUAACUAUGCUAAUGGAGUUCCUUCCUGUGCUUCUUUGGAGUUUCAUCCGCUCGAUUGGAGACAGGGACAGCUCUCCGGAGAAUACGGUUAAUCAGAAUAUAAGGUUAUAUACAUGCAAAUAACACUGAAAGAGGAUAAUUAACUUCCGUUGAAUCCAUCUGUCAAGAUAAGUAGUUAGCUAUCUUAGUACCCAGCUACCUGGUUGAUUACUUUGGAUAAUCACCUGAUAAUACCUGGGGCAUUAGCUAACUAAUUCUAUUGCUGUCAAGCCGACUGCUGCCAGUACCAUCAAGUUGGGAAACUUGGUUUCCUGAACUGCCAACUGUCAACUACACUGCUGGUGGACCAUGAGGCUACCCCGAGUUCAGAAAUAUAUUAUUUGGACUACCGCUAUUUGAUUCUAUGUGGGCGUGCUUUGCGCUCAAUCAAACAGCACUUGUGUGCGAGUGUACCAGGUAAAUGAGGGCGUUUUGCUGGACACUUGGCGGUCCCAACAUGGUCUUACCAAUGCGGGUCUUGCUGCUCACAACUUUCUGUCACUGGGCUAAUGGCCAAGAGAGCCAGGGCAUGACUCGUGAGGAGAAGGCCACAAUCAGGGAACAGGUUGUUGAGAUGUUUGAUCAUGCCUACGGCAGCUAUAUGAAAUAUGCGUACCCAGCCGACGAGCUGAUGCCGCUGAGCUGCAGGGGGAGGGUACGGGGCCUGGAGCCCAACCGAGGAGACAUCGACGACUCCCUGGGAAAGUUCUCUCUCACGCUGAUCGACACCCUGGACACCCUGGUGGUCCUGAACAAACUGGAUGAGUUUGAAGAUGCUGUGAGGAAGACCAUGAGCGACGUGAGGCUGGAUAACGAUGUGGUCGUGUCCGUGUUCGAGACCAACAUUCGCGUGCUGGGCGGCCUGUUGGGGGGCCACGUGAUGGCAGACAUGCUGAAGCAGCGCGGGGACAGGAUGCAGUGGUACGCCGGCGAGCUGCUCGACAUGGCCAAGGAGCUGGGACACCGACUGCUGCCUGCCUUCAACACCACCAGCGGCCUUCCUUACCCCAGGGUGAACCUGAGGUACGGGGUACUCAACGCCCUGUCCCGUACGGGCACCGAGUCGGACACUUGUACGGCCUGCGCCGGGACCAUGAUCCUAGAGUUCGCAGCCCUGAGCAGGCUGUCCGGGGAGUCCGUGUUCGAGGAGCAUGCCAGGAAAGCCUUGGACGUCCUAUGGGAGAAGAGACAGAGGGGAAGUGACCUCGUCGGGACCGUCAUCAACAUCCACAACGGAGACUGGGUCCGCAGGGACAGCGGAGUCGGCGCCGGUAUAGACUCCUACUACGAGUACCUGAUGAAGGCUUACAUCCUGCUGGGAGACAACGUGUACCUAGAGAGGUUCAACACCCACUACAGCGCCAUCAUGAAGUACAUCAGCCAGCCCCCUCUGCUGCUCAACGUGCACAUGCACAACCCCACAGUGAGCGUGCGCAGCUGGAUGGACUCUCUGCUCGCCUUCUUCCCCGGACUCCAGGUCCUCAGGGGCGAUCUGAAGCCAGCCAUAGAGACCCAUGAAAUGCUCUACCAGGUCACCAAACAACACAAGUUCCUUCCUGAGGCCUUCACCACCGAGUUCAGAGUGCACUGGGGUCAACAUCCCCUAAGGCCGGAGUUUGCGGAAAGCACCUACUACCUCUACAAGGCCACGGGAGACCCCUACUACCUCAGAGUGGGCCAGUCCAUUGUGGAGAAGCUCAACGCCCACGCCAGGGUGCCUUGUGGGUUCGCCGCAGUGCACGAUGUCCGCACAGGGACACAUGAGGACAGAAUGGACUCGUUCUUCCUGGCGGAGAUGUUCAAGUAUCUGUACCUGCUGUUCUCGGAGAAGAACCAGCUGCCCUUCGACAUGGACGACUACAUCUUCACCACCGAAGCUCACCUGCUGCCCGUGGCCCUCUCCACGUCCCGGUCGCCCUGCCAUGGCAACAGCACGGAGGCGCCCCCUAGUGUGCAGGAGGAGGAUCCGUUCACUUACUCGUGCCCCAGCACCCAGACCCUCUUCCCCAACAACCCCUUCUUCGCCAAGACCAUCAGGGACGGAUACAAGUACCUCACGGGGGUCGGCCGGGCCUUCCAAUCCUCGCCUGUCAGCAGGGGGAUCGAACUGCCUCUCCAUGACAACGGCAUGGAACCAGUGGAGUUCCUGAAGAGCAUGGGCAUCUCCCUCACCCCUCUGAACGACGGGGCUACCGUGGCAACCAGGGCCCAGGGGGAGCAUAAAGGGGUCUUCCGGGUGAAGCUGGUGGCCGAGGUGACCCAGAGCCCCGAGGAGGAGGAAGUGCUGCCCCUCAUCGUGCAGCUCAUCUCCCCCCCGUACCUGGGUAGAACGGUCCUGACCGCUGGGCCGGCCAAGUUCGGAAUGGACCUGACCAAGCAGGAGCACGGGGUGAAGGGCCGCAUCGUCAGGGCGUCCCCCUACACGGCGUGUGGGCCCGUGGAGAACGGCGAGCAGCUGAGCGGACACAUCGCCCUGGCCCUGCGCGGGGACUGCAUGUUCGCCGCCAAGGCCCGCAGGCUGCAGGAGGCGGGGGCCAUCGGGGUCAUCUUCAUCGACCACCGCGAGGGCAGCAACAGCGAGGACUCGCCCCUCUUCCAGAUGGUCGGCGACGGCGACUCCACCUCGGACAUUGGCGUGCCCCUCCUCUUCCUGUUCAGCCGCGAGGGGGCCGUGCUGACCUCCGCCCUGGAGGAGCAGCACAACGUGGACGUGCUCCUGCUGCCCAAGGAGAGGCAACUGGGCCACGUCAAGCAGGAGAAGCCCCUAGGGAUGAACAUCAAGUUCCGCCUGGCGGAGGAGGGGGAGCUGGAGGAGGGCUCGGCGCGAGGCCACACCCUGCAGUUCCUCCUGGAGAAGGGGGAGGUGCUGCUGGAAGAGGAGGAGGAGGAGGAGGAGGAGGGAGAGGAGGAGGGGCGGGGGGAAGCCAAGCCCUGCACGCCACCAGGGGGCGGUAGCGUCUCCCCCUGCAUGGAGACACCGGGUCACGCCCCGCCCCCAGCACACAGCCCCGGCCAGCCGGAAGAGGGCCCCUGAUCGGAUUCAAUGAGACCAGACUGGUUCCUGUAACAUCCCUACCUGACCACAGGGCGGACGCCCCCCACCCCCCCCAUCCCCAUCCGGCACUGACCUCUGAUCAGCGUCCAGAUAACGUCCUCUAGGGCCGGGCCAGAGAGGCUAACUGGGCCCUUGGGUCUAGUCUGAGGGUCUGCUUUACUCUCCAGAGGGAAGCCUGUUGAUGUGACACACACAUUAUGUAUGUACAUACAUACACACACACACACACACACACACACACAUAUAUAUAUAUACCCCCCCACUCACUCACACACACACACACACACUUUAAACCUUAAGGAUGACCUCUAUAGUGACUAGAUACUAGGACUGUGUGUUUUUGGGAUUGGUGUUUCUGGCCAGAUGUAGCACAGCUACUCUACCUGGACUCAUGGCUGGGUCACCUCAGCUGCGGUAGCAAACCAAACCACAUGAUGGCGGCGUCAGGCCCGACGACCGCUAAGUUCACGAAUGGCGUAUGAUGCAACAGUUUAAACAGGGUGAGAGGGGGGAAAAGGCGCCUUAUGAGGCUGUCAUAGUUAAGGCUUCAGGUUUUUUUAGACACCGUUGUGUCCGACCAGUCUAGAAUGACGUCCUGUGAGGAUGAACGAAGGCCGUCUCUUUACUCACACACACACACGCCUCCAAAACCAGGAAACAUCCCGUCAGCCUAGUCCCCCCUGUUUACUUGACUCAAGCCUAGCUGGUACGAUUUAGACGCGGAGAGAGACACGACGGGAGGGUGGGUCCUGACUCUGCAGAAGGCGUGGCCCAUGCUAGCGGCACACAGGUUCUGUUACUUUGUUCUGGGGGGGGGUCACGGGGGACGGAUUGAAGAGGGCCUCAUCUGCACCUUGGCACCUUCCGGACGGAUCCACACGGGAACGCCCCAAUUCCUGUUUCACGAGAGUUUGUGUGUGAGAAUGUGUUUUGAGGUGCAUGUCGGAUUUCCAAUACAAAGAAGCCCCCCAUGUAUGAAUGUCAGCUAUGUGUUCUGGUCUCUCUUACGCCCCGGGGGGUAAGAUGACACGGCUGUCUGUGUGUGUCCACACAUGCACGUGUGUUUGGUAAGAGACACAAAAGAGGCCGAACGGUUCAAGACGCGGAAACAUUUCCUCUCCCAUCAACAAAUGCAGUCAGUAUAACUCGGGCAUUCCCUCAUCUCUUUCGAUCGCACAGAUGCUAAAUAAUUAUGCAUGGGUUUUAGGUUAUGUGUGUGUAUAAGUGCGUGUGUGUGUAUGGGCAAACCGGGGCAGUGGAAUUUAUGGGAAAUGUUUAUCUGGAAGUGUUUUUCUGCCAUGACGGGGUGUAAUCGUUUCUUGUUCGCGCAGUGGACCUCUUGCAAAUGCUGCUCUGUUAAUUUUAAGUACGUAAAGUGUCAUUUCAGCACUUCCGACUGUCUACAAGGUAUGUACCUAAGACGAUGUUGACCUGUGUGCUUUGGUGCCCAUUUUGGAAUGUUGAGAGGUAGGUAGGGUAACUGAAGCUAACAAAAUUAAGUGCCAAAGUGAUUUUUCUUAUUUUACCCAAUUGCUGGUAAUAUCACAUGCAAAUGUAUAUUCUUCUUGUCUCAGUUUUGGCAAACGGAGAGCGAAAGCAACGAGAUUUUGCCAUUAUCAAUAAAUUAAGAAUCAUGAUUA